AUGUCGUUGAACUUGGACAUUCCGGCAACCUCUGCACGCAUAAGCCUCUAUUUGCUCAUCGGAAGCCGCCAUCAAUCAAAUCGCGACCACCACACACCCGUCACAGAUCUACCACUUCCAACCACUGUCGACCGCUCUCCAAAUGAACCUUCCGUCAACGACUCCCAACCUCCGCGCGGACUCCCUUGUCAAAGCGAAAUCCAACCUUCAUCGACGCACCAUCGACGCGCCGGAACGCUCAACGCGACGACCCCAAGGCAGCAUAUCUCUUCUCUCAGCCAUUACCUCACUGCAACGUUGCGCCUCCAAACACCAUGGAAUUUGUCUCCGACAUCUCUAAUCCAAGGUAACUUCCAUCUCUUAUGGCUAUAUGAUUGUUAUGAAGUGUUUGGUUGGAUUGUUAGUGGGUUUGAGAAUUUGGAGUGGGUUUGUUCGAAGAGAAGAAGAGAAUACUGGGAAAAAGAGCGUUGUUCUCUUUCUCUCUAUGAAAUUUAUGAUAUUUAUGUUUUUCAUUAUUACUAUUUGAACCGCCAAGUGUCACCAUAUGGUUGGAUCUUUAGGAUAUUCUGA